GCCUGUUCCCACCCUCAGUCUUUCUGUUCACCAACGUUUGAAUCUUCUACAACCAUGAUGCUCUUCAGUGCUACUUUAUAUCUGGCAUCAACCUGCCUGCUUGUAGAUGCAGGUAUCUCUAAAGAGACUGUUACCACCUGUGUGGACAACGUUGUGCAUCGUCUGAGCUGUGAUUUGGAGAGCGUGAUAAGUGUCGAGACGUCCCUGUACGGACGUACGGACAAUGUGACGUGCAGUGAAGGGACGAGUCCAGAUCAGGUUUCCAACACUCACUGCUCUCUUGCUGGGGUUGCUCAUGUCGUCAAGAAAAGAUGUAAUGGAAAAAAGGUGUGCGAGCUGAGCACAGAUGUCCUUCGAGGCUCUGAUCCCUGCAGGGGCACCGCCAAAUAUCUGCAGACCACCUACACCUGCCUUCCCGCCUUUCACCGCAUGACAUGUGAGGACUCUUUAUCACACUUAAGUUGUGGUAAGAUCUUUUUUUUUUUAAAUACAUAUACUCUCAGUCCUGCCUGUGGCUAUUCCUCGGUCGGUUUCCCUCCCAGCUCCUCUCUGAGAUCGACCCUCCACUCACCUGUUCGCCCCCAAGAGGGGCUCACGCCCUCGUCUCAGCCUGCAGCCCCGGAUCCUCAAAGGGACAUUGUCCCCGAGCUCAGACCAAGCUCGUAA